AAGGAAGAUCUACAGUCGGCGCUGUAGUGAGAAGUUUGUUCGAAAUAGAGAGCUAUCUGGAGCUAUCUACCUUUUUACGUACAAAGGGGACGGAGUGUCGUGUGUUUGAGGGCUUUGCACCUCAAUUAUAGACUUUAAUUGAACGAAUUAUACGAUAUCUAAGAAAUGGAAGAAUAUGCAAGAGAACCAUGUCCCUGGCGGAUAGUUGAUGACUGCGGAGGUGCCUUUACAAUGGGUGUCAUAGGUGGAGCAAUCUUUCAAAGCAUCAAAGGUUUUCGCAAUGCACCAAGUGGUUGGAGGCACCGUUUUUCAGGCAGCGUUGUAGCGAUUAGACAACGAGCACCUAUAAUCGCUGGAAAUUUUGCUGUAUGGGGUGGAAUGUUUUCCACAAUAGAUUGCACAUUGGUUCACUUUAGAGGUGGAAAGGAAGAUCCUUAUAAUUCCAUCAUCAGUGGUGCAGCAACUGGUGGAAUUUUAGCGGCAAGAAAUGGCUUGCCAGCGAUGGUAGGGAGUGCAAUCAUUGGUGGAGUGCUCUUGGCAUUGAUAGAAGGUGUAGGAAUAUGUUUCACACGUCUCUCUGCUGAACAAUUCAAACCACCAGCACUAGUUGAAGAUCCAUCACAAUUUGGGCCACCACCACAAGGCCAUCCAUCAUAAUAUUUAAACAAAUUCUUUAGAUUUAUUUCAUGUUAGAACAAAAUAUUCAAGUAAAGAUGAUUAAUAGGGCUUUGUAUCAGAGUAUUACUUUAAUGUCUCCUUUUGCCAAUGUUAAAUUUAUAUGCGACAUAGAAAUCUUAUACUUAAGAUCAAAUAUUUUAUGUUACUACUUAUUGCCAUACUCUUUUAAAUCUUCUAAUUAGAAUGCCAAACAAUAUUUUGUAAGACCAUGUCCUGUGUAAAUAUACAAAAUAUAAUAAAAAUUAAUGCACAGAUAA